CACAAUUCACAUGCAUGCAUGCAUUAAUCCCACUGCUACUAUCGUUAAUUUCAAACUAUAUUCCCACAGUCAGAAAGCUUACGUACCUACAUUUCCUCAUUUAGUUUUUUCAGAGAGAGUAUAAUUAAUGGCGGGCAAUAGGGUAGUGUUUGAGGAUUAUUUUCCGGCGAUGGUGGAGAUACUGGGGACGGAGGGGUUCAUGAAGGAGCUGUGCAAGGGGUUUCGGUUGCUGAUGGACGUCGACAAGGAGCUGAUAACCUUUGAGGGUCUGCAGCGUAACUCGGCGGUGCUGGGGAUGGAGGACACCACCGACGACCAGCUCCGGUGUAUGCUCCGGGAAGGCGACCUUGACGGCGACGGCGCUCUCUCCCUCACGGAGUUCUGCAUUCUCAUGUUCCGGCUGAGUCCCGAUUUGAUGGAUGAAUCCAGAAAGUGGCUGCACGAAACUCUGUUUAAUGCUUUGUAAUUUUAUUUUGAUUGGCACUCUCUAUAUCUAUAUAUAUAUAUUGGGUGGUGUAUCGCAUUACCUGUGCCAUUACAUAUUAGAAGGUU